UGCCAUUAAACAAGAGACCAUACAUACUUCACUAAUCGUUAUAGUGAUAGCCAUUUUCACUAUUUUCUGGUAGAAUUUUCCAAUUUUUUUGCAUCUCAAAAUAUGUUAUUAUAAUCAAGGUUGUCAACUCGGUUUAGGCUGUUGGUCCAAUCAAGCAAGUGGUUGAGGGUUAAUGGUUCGGUCACUUUAUUCCGGUUAAGACCGGAUUAUGAAAAAAGUAAUUAUAUUGUUUAUACAUUUAUGAAUGAUAUCAAAUAUCGUCUAACAUAUGGUUAAUAACAUUCAACAUUACACCAAAAUAAAAGUUUGUACUUGGAUCCAACGUAUGGUGAAAAUUCAAAACACUCAUAUAAUAUCAAUAUUCAAAUGUUCAAAACUUACAAUUCCAAAGAAAAGGUUAGGCGAAUGAGAAAUCCAGAGAAGAGGCGCAAUUUGCAAAUCAAAGGCAAAACCGAUGGCGUGUGACCCCCAAUCGCAGAACCUUGAUGUGGGUCUACCCGCGUGUGUGUGGUGAAUGUUUAUCUCACCUGGUAAGGGUCAAUGCGCGUAAACCCUCGGGUUGACAACUUUGAUUAUAACUGUUGGCACAAAUUUUAAUUAAUAAAUAUUUUUUACGUCAACGAGCACCAAUUAAUCAAAUAUAAAGGAGCGCUAUAAAAUGGACUGUUAAGAACUAAAUUGUCAUGUUUUGAUAGUUAUUGUACUAAUUUGCCACUCUUUCUUUUGGGAGGCAAUUAGAUUUUGCUGCUCUUACUUCCUUUGGUUGUGAUCUACUCUUCUUCUUUCUAGCACCAUGGCGAAGAUGAGGAGAAUGGGAAUUCACAAUAUUGUAGGAACUUUUUUCUCUGAGUAAUCCUACAAAAGAAGUAAACACACCACACACAAAAACCAUAAAUUCAUUGAUCAAGUUACAUAUGAACUUUUAAUAUCCUUAGCAAGCAUCUAUGUUUCAAGCCUUCAUCUCCACAAAUUAACAUAACUCAAGCACCUAAGGUUCAAUCAUAAGCAUAUAAGUUCAAAUGCAAAGUAUAGGAUUAAACAAUUUGUAAACUAUGUGGUUGGGGAAUUUCUUCGAACACUUAGGGGCACUUAGAAUUCAUGCCACGGCCUACAAAAGUACCAACGUUCUCAAAGUGCUCAACACAAUUUUCACCUAACCAAGGAACUUACAUGUAAGGAAAAUGAAAGUGUAUACCUUAGUUUGCUUGGAGACUAAUGAUAAUCAAAACUAGGAAGCAAUACUUCACAAAAGAACAUGGAAAGUGUUGAAAAAAGAAGAGAAGUAUGAUCAAAAGACUAAGAAAGCUUAUGAUUGAACCUAUAGAAGUGUGACUUCUCCAAAUUAAGUCACAGUCAGGUCUAGCUUAGCCUCAUAGUCGUGACUCUUCACACUCCAACUCUGACAUGCUUCGAAGUUCUGAAAGAAAAUCCAAAGUACAGGUCAGAUUGUGUGAAUGAUACGGCAGUGACUCUUCCCAUUUUGACUAUGACAUAUCUUCGGAAUCCAGAAGUCACGAGCUUACCAUCCGAAGGAAGUCAAAACCGGGAAGUCAUGAUCAUGACUUUCCUUCAACCGGGUCAACAAGAUCAAGUUAUCUUCAUUGCAUUUUUAUUCUCCCAUCACAAAUCUUCUCAAACACCCCAAACUAUGUUCGCUUUCAUCAGUAAGCAACCAUCUUAUGUUGUUGACCAUACUUCUCGACGUACUAUUCGUCUCAAGCACAAAUUUUGGCUAUCGAAGAGUCUUGUUAUCGUUGUAGCCAUGUUAUCUUCAUCAAGGUCACAAAGCCAUCAACGAAAGGAGAUCACAUUUUGUGCAUUGAAAGUGAAAGGAAUUUAUCUCUUUGGAAUAGGACAACGAACCUCAGUUCUCUCUGUAUUAAGGUUUUAUGAUUCUUUUCCUUGGGUCCCUCCUGACACGUAUUUGGUCAUUUUCAUUGUCUUGCUCUUUUUUCAACUUUAAAGCAGGGCAUCCACUACAUUCAUGCCUCAGCUUGAGGGGGGCGUAUAGGGGAUCAACAUAAAGCAACAUAGUUGGUGGUCCAGUUCAGCAUAUAGACCAUGUUGUAUUUGUUUAUGUCUAUCUCUUACAUCAAUUAGGAAGGUGGAGUGGACAUCAAUCGAUCAUAUCAAAGAGGUUAUCCAUUCUCGUAGAAUCAUUCUAUCAGCUUGCUUGGAGAGGCCCAGUCUGAAGUCCCUCGCUCAAACUCAUUCAAUCAACGAGGAUACGUGGAAAGGUAAAGUCAGCAGUCUCUAAAUCAAUCUCAUCCAAGAGAGGAGUAGUCAGAAUUCUCUCGAAGCAAUAUCAUUCAAGACGUUAUGAUUAUCUACAUACUCAGUUCACUAUCAAAGAUUUGGGGAAGGAUUAAAUCAAUUUGUUGUUUUGUUUAAAAAAUGCAAGUUAUGGGCCAUUUACAGUUUCUAUUAGGCCAUUUUCUGCUUAUUUUACUUCUUUUCGGGUUUGCUGCUACUUGCUUAUGUUCUGCUUGGUUAGUGUUGUUGUGCUGCUAAAUGUUGCUUGGUUGUUGCUAUUGGAAGGUCCAUUUAGGUAUUUCACCUCUUAAUGUUGAUGGAUGAGAGUGGAAACGACAGUCCUUAUUGAAAUUUGAUUAUUGAUUUUCAUAAUGGUAUUUCACUUCUUAAUGUUACAAAUACCGCAUUUAAAAUAACUCAUUAUUUUGGUCCAUCCAAACAAGAUAAUUCAUAUUUUAAUUUUCACAAAUGCACAUGUAGAAAAGUGAGUUAUUUGAUAUCAUAAAUACCACUUUGCCAAUUAACCCAUCCAAUCGACCCCCUAGUAAGUGCUCACAUGCUAUAUAUAAAAGGCUUAGUUGUGUAUGUCACAAGCAACCUAGCAAGAUGUCAUCGUCUAAUAAAAUCGUUAGGCUAGAACUCUUCGAGCUCAAUAUGGAUUAGUCUUGAGGCAUUUGUACGUUAAGUGUGCGACCCAAGACACUGACGUCUUGAGGCAUUUGUUAGGGCUGGCUAUUUGGUCCUGGAUUUUUGGUUUUACCCGAAACCGGACCGUAUAACCCGGAUCGAGACCGAACCGGGAUCGGAUAGUAAACAAUCCAAUCCAAUCUUUGGGCUUAGAAUUGAGGUGAAAAACCGUUCGAGACCGGAUUGAAAACUAGAUAAAGACCGGAUAAGAGAGCUCAGCAGCCAAAUUUAAGGGUAAUUUGCAUAAACGGUCACAAACCUUUGCACUUAGUACAAAACUUAACCAACUCCUCAUCUUUUCAGGCCUUAGGCAACUCAAAUCCCCAUAGGCUCAAUAUGAAAUCAAUACCGAAUUGGGACCGGACCGGGUCAAGACCGGACUGUAUCCAAUCCAAUCUUUUGUCCUUAUAUUUUCAAAAAGACCGGACUGGACCAGAUCAAUUUGGACCAAUUUAACCGGACCGGACCGUAUAGUCUCUCCUAGCAUUUGUUGGUAAAUCAGAAUACGGUGGAAACUGAACUUCUACGAUUCUGAUAAGGAAUAUAACUAUGUUAAAUUACAUAAUAGUACUUGUAGUGUUGAUAUGACUUGAAUAGGAUUAUCAGCUGUUACGACUGGAGGAAGAAAUUUACAUGACUCAGCCAGAAGGAUUCGAGGUUCCUGGAAAAGAAGACUAUGUUUGUAAGCUGAAGAAGUCCUUGUAUGGACUUAAGCAGUCUCCGAGGCAGUGGUACAAGAGAUUUGACAGUUACAUGCUUGAGCUGGGCUACAGCAGAAGUCCAUAUGAUUGUUGUGUGUAUCACAACAAGGUGGAGGAUGGUUCGAUGAUCUAUCUUGUUCUGUAUGUGGAUGAUAUGCUCAUAGUUGCGAGGUCAAAGUCUGAUAUCCAGAAGUUAAAGGGGCUUCUCAGUGCUGAGUUUGAGAUGAAGGAUUUGGGAGCUGCUCAGAAGAUCUUGGGUAUGGAGAUUUACAGGGACAGGUCGAAGAAGAAGCUUUUCUUGUCACAGAAGAGCUACAUCCAGAAGAUACUGUCGAGGUUUGGCAUGUCUUCAGCGAAGCCCUUAAAUACUCCUAAUGUUUCAAAUGUUCAUCUAUCCUCAGCUUAUGCACCGCAGUCAGAGGCUGAGAAGGAGUACAUGUCGAGAGUCCCAUAUGCUAGUGCAGUAGGUAGCUUGAUGUACGCUAUGGUAUGCACUAGACCUGAUCUUGCACAUGUUGUUAGUGUUGUCAGCAGGUUUAUGAUACAACCUGGGAAGGAGCAUUGGCAGGCUGUGAAGAGGAUCUUUCGGUACCUUAAGGGUACACCUGAUGUGGGAAUUAGCUUCGGAAGUGAUACAGAGUACAUCAGAGAUUUCAGAGGAAGAGGAUUCAAGUCAAGGUGGAGAUUUGUUGAUAUGACUUGAAUAGGAUUAUCAGCCGCUACGACUGGUAAUCGGGGGUUUCCUUUGCCAGAUUGGAUUAGGUUUAGACCCACAUGGAGAAGUACUAUAAAUACUUCUCAUACUCCUCUGUAAUCUGUAAUCUCCUUGAUAUAGUGAAACUGGCUCUCUCUCGCCCGUGGACGUAGCUAACACACAUCGUGUUAGUGAACCACGUAAAUCGUGUGUCGUGUUUUCGAUUCUCGCUUUCGUAUUCUUGCUUUGUUGAUUCCUGCGAUUUCCCGAUCCGUAGCAGCGCGUUUAUAACACGUAGUAUAACAUAAUACUACUCGUACUAUCCAUACUCUAAUAGCAUCUAGCUAAUGAACUAGCAAUCGGGUGGUCUUGAUCUCUUGAGUGAUCUGUACAGCCUUACACCUCCGGACAUGUUCUUCUGGUUGAUGAUUCAAUGAUUCAUAAACCAUAUAUAGGUGGACGUCUUGAUCGCUUUAAAGAUAUCUGAAAUCGCCCCCACAACCUUAUUAGUCAACGUAUUCAAUGCAGAACAAAAAAGCGAUAACAAAGUACGCAUGAUGGCUAUUGAUUAGACAUCAAGCUCUUUUAAGGUUACUGACAACUGCGAUUACAUGGAUAGACACGGACCUAAUUAUCCGCACAAUAAUAAUAAUUAUAUAUGGCUAGAUAAUUAACACUAAUCACGGUAGAAUUUCUGCCGAGACACCUGUACUGUAAUUUGGGUUCCAUCUUAUUGCAGGUGAUGUAACGAAUUGUGCUUCCCUCCAGGAGAUCUGACUCAAAAGGGUUAAUUUCCAGUCAAACUUCGAGCCCCUGUUGGAAGAAACUGUUAGCAUAUUUAGAAUUUAGAAUUGAUAAUUUAGUAAAUGGGUUAGGUUUUUAGGCAUGAUUUGAUGAAUCUUCUGCAACGACGACUAGCCCAUUAAGAGAUCGCCACUAUAUCAGCCUUUUUUUUCCCCCAUGCAUUCUUAUCAUUAUCGGCACCUGGCACUCUCGUGACCCAUUUACUUUCGACCAUCCUAUGAUUGUUUAAUAAAAAAGGUUGGCCCAAAAUAGACUGAAAAGGGAUGAUUAUAUGAUUAUGAUAAUGAGACAUGCAUGAAUAUUGUCUCCUCGUACGUCAUCACAAAAGCACCUGGCCUUUUUUUCAUUUAGCUAUUAUUGAUUCUCUAUAAUUGGUGAUGAUUUUCCUCGUAUGUAUAUGUGUUAUUCUUGACCCAUGGAAGUCGUACAUGUCCCUGGCCGGGCACCUGAAACGUGUCCCAGGAAAUGGCGUCGGAGGUUGUUGGAAAUAUUUCGGCUGGUGGGUGCGAUCAAUGGUCGAAGAUGAUGUUUCGACAACUGUUUUAUCGGCUGGUGGGUGCGAUUGUCAUUUCCAUGAAGCAUAAUGCUCCUUGUUGUCUAACAUACUCGAAUUGCUAAUACAUGUAUUUAAACAAU